UUGAAUAUUCUACUCAAGUAUGUAUUCAGACCAGAAGGUAGAACAAAGUGACAGUAAAUGAACAACAUGGCGGCGGUAUACUUGAUAGUUUUAAUUUUUACAGCAGCAAUAAACUGGUCGUUUGCGUUUCCACACCUUCCAGAGGUUGGCAGUGGCAGCAGGACCGUGGCCGAGGGCGCCUCGGAGAUGCACUGGUCAGCACCGGUUGGCACCCACGGCACCAUCGACCUGCCCAUCGUGGAGAUGGGCCUCCGCGGCUCGGCGGGCGUCCGCCAGGCCCAGGACGUGCUCCUGUACUCCACGGCCGUGAGGAGGGCCGGCGAGAAGGGCUACGACCAGGGCUACGCGCUCGGCUUCCAGUCCAACGCCACCAUCGACCACUUCCGCUGGGUGUACGCCGGCGAGGACGGCUACACCUCCAAGUUCCAGGUCAUGAACGGCGGCCUGGGCUUCAAGUACAUCACGCUCUACUUCACGUCGCAGGACGACCACGGCAUCUACUACAACAUCUCCAUCUACGGCAGGUUUGACCUUCAGCUCUGAGUACCGCAAAAAAGAACAGAAAUAUUGUUUUAGUUUAGCAAAAUAAUAACAUACUGAAUUUUAAAUAAUUCAAAAUGUUUCUUAAUUUAGUUUAAUUUGUUUAUCCAAUUAAAAAUCAUUCUUUUCUUUCAAA